AUGGAAUUAAAUCCCGAGUGCCAAGACAUAGAAGUUAAUAAUAACCAGGUUACUGAUAAUGACAACACAAUAGAUUGCUUGUUAGAUAAAUUUACUGAAAAGUAUGUUCAAGUAGAAUUAAUUAAAGAACUAGUUAAUAGAGGUGAAGCAAACCUUCGAAAAAGAAAAGAAGACUUGAAGGAUAAGUUGAAGAAACUGAAUGAUCUUCACAACCGUAUUUUCCAAAUGGAAAAUGAUUUCUGUGAAUCAAUAUGGAAAUUCAAAUCUGAACAUGACUUUGCAUCAGUGAUUAAUAAAAUUUUGGAUGACGAAACAACAAAUUAUGAAGAAAAUGAUGAAAUUCAACUACAAAAAAUUUCUAGUGCCAAAAAUAAUGUACAAGAGUUGAUCAGUAGUAUUGAUGAUGUAAUUAUAAAUAUUGACAAAGCGUUGAUAGAUAUAAAUCAAGAAUUAGCGGCUAAAGUAAAAAAAGAAUUAAAAAAACAAUUUGAUGAUGAGACUAAAUAUUCUGUUCCGGCAAUUAAGAGUGAAAAUUUGAUAGCAAUAAAAAAAGAACCACAUCUUAAACCCCCUGUAAAGGUGGAAACACCUGAAUAUCCAACUAAUAAAUUAUCAAAAAAUUUUUCAGUCAAGAAAAAGUCUUCCAUCUGUAAAAAAUUUGAAAUGUCUUGUUGA